GUGUGUCUGCUUGCCGCCAUGUUGUUUAGUGACGUAACCAACCAGGAAGUGAGCUCGCGGUUCUCUGUGGAAGCAGCUGAGCCUCACGGACCAAAACAACUCUUCCUCCUCCUCAUCAUCGCCCGCCUCCUCCUCUCGGACCAUGGACCGGAGUUCACAUUCCCUGCUGCUCGCUCUGAGAACAUGAGCUCCGCCCACCUGUCCCCAGUGGAUGGCACUGACAGGCUGUGUGUUUCUGAGCGCGCUCAGUGCAUCCCUUCUCCGGUCCUUCACCUACGCCAGCUACCUGCAGACAUCUCUGAACAGGAAGUGGUCGCCUUGGCGCAUCCUUUUGGCACAGUCUCCAAACUGAUCACACUGAGGACCAAAAACCAGGCGUUCUUAGAAAUGGCAUCAGAGGAAGCAGCCAUUACCAUGGUGAACUACUACACCUCAGCCCCGCCCACCAUCAGGAACCAACCAGUCUACAUCCAGUACUCCAAUCACAGAGAGCUGAAGACAGACAAUACGUCCAAUCAGAGAGCUCAGGUUGCAAUGCAGGCCAUCAGCACAGCAGCACUGCAUUCUGGGAACAUGGCCUCAGGAGAUGGGCGGGGCUUAGUUCCAGCCCCCAGCGCGGUUCUGAGGAUCAUUGUGGAGAACCUGUUUUACCCUGUGACCCUGGAGGUCCUCCAGCAGAUCUUCAGUAAGUUCGGCUCCGUGCUGAAGAUCAUCACCUUCACCCGGAACAAUCAGUUUCAGGCUCUGCUGCAGUUCAGCGACGCCGUGCACGCUCAGCACGCCAAGGCUUCUCUGGACGGGCAGAACAUCUACAACGGCUGCUGCACGCUAAGGAUAGAUUUCUCCAAACUGAGCGCGCUCAACGUCAAGUACAACAACGACAAGAGCCGAGACUUCACCAGAGCCGACCUGCCGACCGGAGAGCUGGACCCGACUGCCACCGCCUUCGACCCCCUGUGUGUGUUUUCAGGUGUAGCUUUGCCGCCAUAUGGAGCAGCAGCGUUCCCUCCAACGUUCCAUCAGCACACAGGUCUCCCCAUGGCCACCGUCCCCGGCUCACUGGUGUCUCCUCCUCGCGUGGCGCUGCAAAUGGCGCCCCCUGCAGUCCACUCAGUGCUACUGGUGUCAAACCUGGACCCAGAGAGAGUUUCUCCCCACUGCCUCUUCAUCCUGUUUGGCGUUUAUGGAGACGUCCAGAGAGUGAAGAUCCUGUUCAACAAGAAGGAAAACGCUCUGGUUCAGAUGAGCGACGCUACGCAGGCUCAGCUGGCGAUGAGUCACCUGAACGGUCAGCGUCUCCAUGGCAACGUGAUCCGGGUGACGCUGUCCAAACACCCGGUGGUGCAGCUGCCCCGCGUAGGGGCGGGGCCAGAGGAGCAGACGCUGACGCAGGAUUUCUCAGGCUCCGCCCUUCACCGGUUUAAAAAACCAGGUUCAAAGAACUUCAACAACAUUUUUCCUCCAUCAGCGACGCUGCACCUCUCCAACAUCCCCUCUUCGGGCAGCGAGGAGACCCUGAAGGACUUGUUCUCCACCAGGGGGUUCUCUGUCAAAGCCUUCAAGUUCUUCCAGAAGGACAGGAAGAUGGCUCUGCUGCAGCUGGCGUCAGUGGAAGAAGCCAUCGAGGCUCUGAUCGAGCUGCACGACCAUCAGCUGGACCACAACCAGCACCUGCGGGUCUCCUUCUCCAAGUACACCAUCUGAGCCCCGCCCCCUCUGCAGCUCAGCAGCCAAUCAGACUGCAGGGCCUCCCAGCAGGCCUACACUGACCGAUGCGGACGAACGGGUGGCCGCGUGUCGUCGAACAGGGCUCGUUGCCAUGGUUACAGAUGUUCCAGAGCACAUUCCUGAGCAGCAGCAGAGCAUCAUGGGUACUGGAGUCCAGCGAGGUGAAACACAGAACCUGCCUUUCAUCCAGAACCGGUUUGAAACGUCUGAAGCUGUUUCUGUUCCUGCUGAAACCUUUUAAAACAGUUUUUUUUUUUUACUUCUCCUCCACGUCCUGCUGCUGUCUGACCGGCUGGAUCAUCAUCAUCAUUGUUGAUAUUAUUCCUGCUGUCCGUCCACGUCUGUCUCCAAUUCUGUUGUGCCUUAUUUCUAGAUUUUUUUACAGCCUGUAGGGGGCGCCUGUUUUUCCUGUGCUGGUGUGUUUCCGCUGUUUGUUCUGGGAGGGUUUUUUAAUGUCAGGUGUAUUUAUACUGUAUAACAUGUGAUCAGUGACGCCGUGAAGCCCCGCCCCCUUGUGUCUGUGUGUGAGCUGUGAUUGGUUGAGUUUACAUUUUAAAACCUGAGCAGUGGCAGAUUGAAGACGUGAAAACUCUAAACCUUCAAAUGUUUCAUCACUUGAUGUUCUGGUCCAGAACGGCUUAGAUUGGACCAGAACAUCAGCUAAACACUGAGCCGCAGUUUUUUUUUAGACUGUACAGGAAAAAACCAAGAUGAGCUUUUUGUGCCUUCAAACUUGUUAAUUUAUUAUGACAUCACUUCCUCUUAAUUGGUUUCUGUUCAGGCGUCAAAUUUGUGUCACGAAAGGAAGAAUCUGCAGCUCCAGAACCAGAGUCCAGAACCCAAAGUUGGGCC